CUUUUGUGUCCUAUUUGACCCAUGAAGGCUCCCGUACUGCUGAGGCGGUGCUGGCUGAUGUGUCAAAAUGGCAGAGCUAACAACACUAGAGAGCCUGCUGGACAUGGGCUUUGGCAGAAACAGAGCGGAGCGGGCAGUGGCCAACACAGGGAACCAGGGGAUCGAACGAGCCAUGGACUGGUUAAUGGAACAUGAGAACGACCCUGACAUUGAUGAGCCUUAUGUGCCGCCUGUGGGUAACGUCCUGGGUGGAGAAACAAAGAGCGAGUCCAGCCCAGAACAGCCAACACUAGCCGACACCAUUGAAGGUGGAGACAACAGCCUCAGUGAGACUGACAUGAGUUUAAGGCGACCACUGACGGAGGAGGAGAAACGUGAGCAGGUUAAAAGGCUAGAGGAGCUGAUGCGGAUGAAGCAGGCAGAGCGAAGAGAGCGAGAGCGGGCAGAUGAAGUGGAUAGGGAGAAGCAGCGGAGGAGGCAUGGUCAAGAACUGCAGCAGGUCCGACAAAAAAUACAGGAUGAUGAGAUGAAGAAGCUCGCUGACCAGCGUAGGAAAGAGAAGAUGGAGGACAAAAUGGCAAGGCAAAGGGUUAAAGAUAAGAUCGCACGAGACAGAGAGGAGAGAGCGCAGAAGUUUGGAGGAGGACCACCUCCGAGCACAGCUGCGUCAUCUCAACCUGCUCAGCCCAGCCCGACUUCACCCACUGGUCAGGGUCCUCCACCCACUAAGAGAGAGUACGACGAGUCCAGGAUACAGAUUCGUCUGCUGGACGGCUCGACCAUCACGGCAGUCUUUAAGGCCCAGGAGCCGCUGGCGGCAGUGCGCGUCUACGUGCAGGUGAAUGGCAACACACCUGAGGGCCAGGACUUCACGCUGCUGUCGCCCUAUCCCCGUCAAGUCUACACUGAACUGGAUAUGGAGAAACCUCUGAAAGAGCUGGGUUUGGUGCCUUCAGCUGUUCUAGUGGUUUCCAAAAAGUAAGAUCAGGAGGAUCUGCUCUAUGAGCCUACCUCACUUCUUCCACUACAUCACCACCCGAUCCACCAGGAAAUGACUGAUCCAGGAAGAGAGCCCCCCAUGUUUUAGUAUCACUCAGUAAAGCCGGCUAUCUGAACUGAGGUUGAGAUGGAGGUGAAAUGGGAAAUUGUUUUUUUUUCUUCCCAAACGACAAACCGAGGGUAGCCCUUUGUCACUCUGGGCUGAUUUUACUGACUUGAUAGCUGACUUCUGACUGAUACUGCUUCAAGGAGCACUGCUCGUGGUUUCAGCGACACAUUUUACAAAAAGAAAAAACAAUAUAAACAUCAUCCAGUUUUCACCUGAUCCUUACACAGCAAGGCACCACAGAGAUAUUCGAUUGGUUCUGAAAGGGCCUUAAAUUGAACCCCCUCUAGUUUCUUGAUUUUGUGACAUUCUACUUUUGACAGUUUUUUUUAUAUCUUAAAGUAUAUUACCUACAGUUAUGUCUACAUAAUCACCAAGGAUCUACUUACAAUAAAACUAACUUGGAGAAUUA